CCCGCCCCGCUCUUCCCACUGGUUGUUGGUUGAGGCCGCGCGGAUGAAGCCGGCUCAGGUGGGUGAUGCGACCCCCGGACCCUCAGCCGCCCUCCCCCAGCCCCGAGCCCUGCACCCGCGAUGGGCGGGCGCCCGCUCAGCUCCUUACAGCCAGGCCGGCGGGGCGGAGGGCGCCCCGGCGUGGAGUCCCGGAUCCACCCGUACGGUGGUGCGCGGCCGGGGAGCUGUCCCAGCAGGGUCCCACGGAGGUGGCAGAAAUGCUUAUGGACGCUGUGCAGAGCCGUGUGGUCUUUGAGGACGUGGCCAUCUAUUUCUCCCAGGAAGAGUGGGGCCUCCUUGAUGAAGCUCAGCGAUUUCUGUACCAUGCCGUGAUGCUGGAGAACUUUGCGCUUCUGUCCUCCCUGGGUUGCUGUCAUGGAGCCCAGGUCGAGCAGGCCCCUUCAGAGCAAGGUGUUUCUGUAGGAGGGUCACAGGUCAGGACUCCAAAGCCCGCCCCAUCCAUCCAGAAGUCCCAGCCCUGGGAGAUGUGUGGCCCAGUCUGGAAAGACAUUUUGCAUUCGGCUGAGCAUGAUGGAAUGUCCCCUGACCAAGAGCUAUCCAUUUGUGGGGCAAACCUGUACCAGCACCAAAAGGAGCAGAUUGGAGACAGAUCUUUCAGAAGGGAUGAGGGGAGUCCUUCCUUUGCAGUGAACAACAGUAUUCACACGGCAGAGAGUAGCUUCACGUGCAGCAGAAGUGGGAAGGACUUCCCGGCCAGCGCAGGCCUUCUCCAGGACCCGUUGAAACCACACGGGGACACUGAGCAUGGGGAGGCCUUUGCAACUGGACAAAAUGAUUACAAGUGCACUCAGUGUGGGAAGGCCUUCAGCCAAAAACAGGGACUUGUUGAGCACCAGAAAAGCCACGGUGGAGUAAGACCUUAUGAAUGCAGCAAAUGUGGGAUGGCCUUUAUUAGAAAGUUUCACCUUGUUCAGCACCAGAAAAUUCACACUGGAGAGAGGCCUUUCAAGUGCAGUGAAUGUGGGAAAUUCUUUAGGUACAGCUCUACACUCAUUAGUCACCAGAGAGUUCACACUGGAUUAAGCCCUUAUGAGUGUAGCAAAUGUGGGGAGUUCUUUAAGUACAAUGCCAACUUCAUGAAACAUCAGAGAAUCCACAAUGGAGAAAGGCCUUAUGAAUGCAGAGAAUGUGGAAAAUUCUUUAGGUACAACUAUCGACUGAUACGACAUGAGCGAGUUCAUACUGGAGAAAGGCCUUAUGAAUGCAGCGAAUGUGGGAAAUUUUUCAGGUACAGCUCCACAUUCAUUAGACAUCAGAGAGUUCACACUGCAGAAAAGCCUUAUGAGUGCAAUGAAUGUGGAAAGUUCUUUAGGUACAAUUCCACACUCAUGAAACAUCAGAGAGUUCACACUGGUGAAAGGCCUUAUGAGUGCAGUGAAUGUGGGAAAUUCUUUAGGUACACCUCUACGCUCAUUAGACAUCAGAGAGUUCACACUGGAGAAAGGCCUUAUGAGUGCAGCUUAUGUGGGGAAUUCUUCAGGUACAAGUCCAAGCUCAUUAAGCAUUGGCAGAAUCACACUGGAGAGAGGCCUUAUGAGUGCAGCGAGUGUGGGAAAUCCUUUAGGUACCACUGCAGACUCAUUAGACAUAAAAGAGUUCACACUGGAGAAAGGCCUUAUGAGUGCAGUGUCUGUGGGAAAUUCUUUCGGUAUAACUCCAACCUUAUUAAACAUUGGCGAAAUCACACUGGAGAGAGGCCUUACGAGUGCGGCGAGUGUGGGAAAGCCUUUAGCCACAAACAUAUACUUGUUGAGCAUCAGAAAAUCCACACUGGAGAAAGGCCCUAUGAGUGUAGCAAAUGUCAGAAGGCCUUCAUUCGAAAGUCCCACCUCGUUCAUCACCAGAAAAUCCACAGUGAAAACAGGUCUGUGAGCACCGUAGAUGUGGGGAAAUCUUGAGAUACAACUCCAAGCCAUUGACCAGAGAAUGACACUGGCAAAGGAACUUUUGAGUGCAGCGAAUAUGGUGAGGCCUUUAGGUACCGCUCUACACUCAUUACCCUGGAGCAGCACCUUACGAGCACAGCGAACGUGCACGAUUGUUUUUGUACAGCUCGCCAUUCAUUAGACAGCCGGAGGUCACUGGAGGAAGGCCUUCUGAGUGCAGUCAAUGUGCGGUCUCAGGUGCAACUCCAGCCCCAUUACACAUCAGAGAGUUCACGAUGGAAAAAGACCUUAUUUGUGCAACAGAUACGGGCAUUUGUUCAUCUAAAACGCCAACCUUGUUCAGCACCAAAAUGUUCACAGCACGCCAGAGAGUAUUGCAGAGGGGAGAGACUUAGCCAAGUAUCUGCUCUUGUAUGUCGCUGGGAGCUGCUGUAAUCUAGUUCUUUAUUUUACAUUUAUGUUGUGGCAAA